ACAACAAAACAAACCAAUUCGCUACCGGCUUUUCUUUUGCACUUAUUUACCUAUUUUUCGUGCUGAAACACAACGUCAAACGGAAAAUAGCAACCAACUGACCUACAACACCCUUAAGCUUUUGCAUGAAAUGAGCUAGCACGCAUCGCUAGAAGUAAAGCGGUAAACAAAGGAAAACACCAUGGAGGACUUCGCCAGCAUAAAGUCCCACAGUUCGGUGGUCAAGUUGGCCUCCUGCCUGGAGAAGAUCUAUACGAAAGUGGUGGACAGCCGGGAGAAGCAGGUUCCUGAGCACCAGAUCAAGGAAAUUGAGUUCCUCAAGACGCAAUGCAAGCACGACCACAUGCAACUCAGCCUGAUGAGCUGUCAGACGCUGGUGCGCCUUGUGGAGGAAGGCGUCAUAGAGGCCAACGGGGUGCAGAAUAGCUUGCUCUCUAUGCUGGCGAAUGCGGGUCCUAUGCAUUUUGCCAUCAUCACAGAGAGCAUUCUGGGCUUACAACUCCUAAACUUGAAACGAAAGACAUCGACACUCAAGAAUCAGGAGUCUUACCAGUGUUCUUAUGGGCUGAAAACACAGCAGCAUCCACUGAUCUCACUGCUUCAGCAUUCAAGUGCCAACAUGCAUGAUGUGGCAAACAAGAUAAUUGGCAUCUGUCAGCACCACGAUAAAGGCAUACGGGACUUCAGCAUAGAGUUCUUAAGACCAGUGUUCCUUUACAUACUCUGCAAUCCCCAAACUCUGCACGAUGUGAAGCCAAUUUGGACUUGUCUACUUAAUCUUAGUGGUAGUCAACCGGAGGCGCGUGCUUUGAUGCAAGAACUGCUUGCAUGGAGCAAGUUCAACAACGCCAGCACUUGCCUGUCUACCAGCAUCCUGGUCAUUGAAGCCAUUGAUCAUUUUCUGCAGCGAGAGGAUCACGCACAGUCUAUUGACUUGGGAAUCUAUCAAGCCUGUCUUAUUAAACAGCUUGCCAAUUACGGAAUCGAUCCGCGUCCUAGUCUGCAGUGCUUGCUCCGAGUGCUCCAUGCCACGCGGGAACACACAAAGGAUCACUACCACGUACUCUUAGUGCUUCUUGCUGAAGUUUUGCACGUGCUGUCUCCCUUUUAUCUGGCUGAUCUGCUGCGCAUUAUCGUUUUCGUGGUGGUACAGGAGCGCUGUGGCCAUGAAUACAUUCUGAACAUGUGUCUGGACGGAAUUAUUCAGUGGAUGUCUCAGACUGCAUUCAUACCCGCAGAAGGCUUGGCUUUGGCUGACCAGGUAGUGCAAAAAGUACUGGAUACUAAGAAAACGGAUCAGGAUGCUGAGAUUAUCUCCACCAAGCUAUUAAAGCCCGCUCAUAUGCGAAACUAUCACCCGGACAUAGCGAUCGCCUUCGACUUGGCCACUUUAGUAGAAUCUUUCGACGCCUCCGAUAACCAGGAUGUGUUUGCUUUUGUGGACGCCCUAAAUGUCAAGGCCAAUACGGCAUUUUGCCAGCGCCUGCACCUUUUUUUGCGUGCGCUAUUCUUAUCGAAAAAACCACCUGUAGAUUGCUGGUUUAAAAUCUACGAAGUGAUCUUGCAAAUCAUUAAAGUGAACGAAGGUAUUGCCUAUGAUUUCCUAAUGACAUACAUCUUUAAGCUGGCCAACGAAAACAACCCGGAGUUGCAACUAGAACUGCUUAGAGGAUUGGCCAGCUUUGCCGUGUCCAAGGACAAUGUACCAAUGAUACUUAAUACUAUAAGGAGUCUUUCCUCCGAGAAUGGAACAUUUUGCGUAGACUUGUAUUUGCGUCUGUGGCGAGUGGAGACGCGAACUUAUCCCUUCCUGUUGAAGCAGAUUGCCCAGCCACUGCCGGAUAACGACAAACGCUGGGAGUUGCAGAUAGCCCGCACUCAUGCCAUGCGGGAAAUCUGUCAGGAAAAACCCACUUUACAUGGCUCGGAGUUGCUACCGCAUCUUAGCAAUACCCUCAACAAUUCCUUCGAUGAGGCUGGGGAUCUGGCCACUUCCUUGGCACUUGAUGCCAUAUACGCUUUGUGUGAUAGUCACACCGUGAACAUUGCAUCCACUUGGCAGGCAUUGGGCAGUAAAUUCCGUAAUGAGCAGCGUCCCCAGACGCUUAAAUCGCUGUACAAGCUCUUUGGGUUGGUCCCACUACUGCAGACUCCAACACUGGAAUAUGAGAAGUUAGCGGAUGAUGCCCUGGAGCAAUUGUGGCAGGCUAUUAGCCGACCGGGCACGGAUGCUGGUCAGGUGCGGAAUGCCCUGGUUGCUCUCAAAAACUACGAGCCGGGAGUUACUUUAAACCUACGCCACAUUCCAGCACAAUUCCGCUUCGAAAUCGUAGGAGGUGGAGUAGGAGUCCCCGGUGGCCGGGAAGUUUUGGAUCUGCAGCAGGAGACAGUGCCCGGCGAGGUUUGGGUGCAGCUACUGCAGAAGAUACGCCCGGAGUGCGGAGAUGCUGCUGCGGAUUUGAUUUCCCAUUACAUAGGAAGCGAGAUUGACAGUUUCCGCAGUGGAGUCUACCGCCUGCCCGAAGGCAAACCGGAGCCUCGAAAAUUGGUUGGUUUGUUUGCCACCAGUCCUCUGCGAGCAGUCACAAAUUAUCUCGUGAGCCAAGCGCGCUUUGGAGAUUAUGUCCCUGAACCAUAUGCUGUGACCUUCGCGCUGCGGUCGCUGUCCAAAAAGUUUUCGAAACCCAUCCCGCCUCUGGACUGGAGCUGCCUAACUAGCUUUUUUCAUCUCUCUUUCGAUGCACGUAAAUAUUGCAUCAUGAUAGCAAAGAACCAGGCAGUUAACUCGGGAACUGCGAAGCGUCUGCUGGAAAACUUUCUUGUUGACUUUGAGCCCAACUGCUUUGAGGAGGAUCUUCUGCUACUUUUCUCAUUGCUGACGGAGAUUGCGAACAGCGUGAGCCUGCAAAUUCUGAAGAACUUUGCCGAAAAGGUUGCAGUAUACUGCUUUAAGGAGUCGCAGCUUAAUGACUUUGCAGAGGGAUGCUUGUUUGAAAAGUUCUUGGAAAGCGUAAAGUACAUAUUUACUGAAAAAUGCGACACACCUGAGGUAUUGGAUGUUUUCACGCUGAUUGUGGAGCGAUACAUGGACUCGAUGAAUCUGGAUUCAAGACUCUUCGAACGUUAUACAGAAGUGGUGUCCACUCUGCAUCCAAAUGCCAUAGAUGGGCUUACGACGCCAGCCAAUUGGUGGGAGACACCAGUGGGCAAGUUAAAAAAGGCAACUAUCAUUCGAUGUUAUUUGGUAUUGUACAACGAGAAGCUACCAAAUCCUCUGAAGUGGUUGACUCCCAUCAUCGAUGCCUAUGAGAAACGGGUGGAGGAGAGGACUUUCUUUUAUCGCCACUUAUCAGCCACACUGUAUGCUUUUGGCAGCGAUGAACACUCCUGCAACUGGAUAUCGGAAAUGUUCCUGGAGAUCCAAAUGCUGCUGGCAGAGGCAUCCAACAAGGAGAAGGUAAACAGGGCGCUGUACCUGCUGGACAUCUUUAUCCUAGCCGUGGAUGUGCUCUCUGGCUGUGCUGUGCUGUUGGGCAGCGUAGAUGUGGUGGCCACGGAUGAAAAACAGCGACUGUCGCUAUUCCCUGAGAGCUUGCAGUACUUGUGCGAUCACAUCUUUUGGAAGGAUCAGGAGGCUAAGAUCUACGAGUUCCUCUUCAAUCUGUACAAGCACCCGUCCAUGCCAUAUUCCUAUGCCGAUGUCUUCAGGGAUGCUAUUAUUUGCUCCCGAAAUAAGUCUUAUUUUGAUAACAAGGGGGUCUGGACCAAAUACGUAGGACUACGUAAAUAAACACGACGAACACUCACCGCAUUUAAACCCUCUCUGCCCACGCCUGAAGUGCACUUGAAUGGUUAAACCCAACCGCCUACCGUCAAUGUUAGUCAAUUUUUGAUAGCAAACGCGUUCUUUGUUAAAUGUAUGUGUUUAAAGUUUAAAAAUUAACGACAUUAAAAGCAUUUUUGCGCGCAA